AUGCUGAAAUUAUGUCGCGUCAGCAAAGCCUUCAACCUCAUGACGAUGGAGGCUAUCCUCGAGUCCAAUAUGUUGGAUGAUGUUGGAUACUGGGAUCCUGUGCGGAAACAAACCCUUUUAUAUCACACGGUAGACAAUGACCGUCGUUCUUUGCAUCCACCUCUUCUAGAUAAUAUAUCCGACGACGAUGACACCAACUCUGAGCCGGAGACGCCGGAUUUGGACAGACCGUUAUCUCCGCCGCCUCCAGAAGGCAAUCGAGAGCAAUCCGAAGACGGUAAUCUCUCUGAGAAAGAUCUGUUCACUUCCAGUUCAUCAGUAGUCCCUAGCGACGAUUUCUGGGUCAUGUACUUGACGGUCAGGACAUUGGGCAGAAUCAGGACGAAACCGCCAACUCAGGACCAUAUUCUGCUGUUGAAAGUCUCAGAACAUAUCUACCAAUACAUGCAUCAAACAUCUUCGCAGAUAGAGUUGGAAGACAUAGUACGCACAGUUUGUGAAGUAGCGGUCAAGCACGGAUACAUCUACUCACAUCCCGAUUUCUACCUCAAGAAUGAAUCACCGACACUCGAUGCGACAGAACUUCGGUUGGAUGAAUCUUGUGCAGUUUUCCGCGACGCUCUAGCAUCAAUGGCUGUAUGUCUGAGUGACAACACUCUUCUCGAGAAGACGCUCUCCAACGAGGAUCCGAUCCUUUGCCCCUUCCACGAUAAGGCACUUUCAGCAGAUCACCAAUUUACACCAUUACCAUCGUUCCAGACACCCAUUCCUCAGGCUGGCCGUAUAUUAGACAACCAACUUGGCUUCAUGCCGCCGAACUGUGGAAAGUCGCUUAUAAGACUUGCGAACCCAGUCAAGCUUGCUGUCCAGUUGGACAAGAUGGAAUGCGUCACCCUCCUAUUGAAGAGUGUUUCCACCAGAGAACGCGAACUUGACAUAUACAGGGAGGACGUAAUCACUGAAGCCGCUCUUCUCAAUCGGAUCGAGUUUCUGCGCGUCGCAAUUGAGACGGGUCGGCCUCUCACGCGAUACCGACUUCUAGCACCAUCGAUUGCGGAUAUGAUAUGGAUGAGCGGACGGACUGGCCUUUCUUCAAGAUCGCCUGCUGGUAUCAAGUUGAGUAAAAUGCUAGAGACCACGACCAACAUUGAAGUUUUCAAUUUGGUUCACGAUGCUUUGUUGGAAGGUUAUAGUGCGGAUGAAGGCGUUUGGUGGACCAAGGGCCUCUCCUCCAGGGCAGACACCCUUGCAUCUUGGGGCUUGAGAAGGCUUCAACGCGCUGUAUUGGACGAUUGUCUGUCCAUCGUUCGAAGACUCAUAGAGAUGGGCUACUCAGUAGGCCCAACGAGGAGCAUUGAGGAUUUGAAGGAUGAAGAUCCCGAUGUUGUUGCCGACAUAAUUGAUGGCGAAAGGACGGUAGAUGUAGCUCUGCCUAUCGCAGUCAAAAGAGGGAAUCUGGAAAUGGUGAAACUUUUAUUUAUCGCUGGAGCCCAUAAGAAGCGCAAGAAUGUUCGGAAAGCAAUGAGAAUUGCUAUAGAACAGGGUAACCAUAAGAUGCUUGAGAUUUUGACAAGUCAAGGAUCAUCGGCGGGAUUAUUAAACCGAAAGGCAAGGCAACGCUGGAAGAAAGACUUGGAAAGUUCGGGGAAGCAGAAUAUGCUGAAAUGGCUAGAAAUGAUGUGA